AUGUUAUUAAGAAAAUUUAUUGUUACUGCUAUUCUUCAGAUUUCCCUUGUAUUGUCAUUAAAAAUAAAUACAAAUACUAUUACAAGUGGCCCGGUUGAACUCAAUAUUGGCUAUAUUGAAAUUCUUCCAGGUGUGUAUUGGUCUAUUAUAGACAAUGCUAUUUCAAUAUUCUCAGGAGAUAUUCUUGUUGGUGUUACGGGUGGACUUUACAUAAGUAGCACUUCAAACUUGAUUGCAUUACAGGUGAAGCUACUUUCCGGUCUUGAAUCAUUUAUUAAUAAUGGAAUAGUUUCAUUUAAUUCAGUUAAAUCAUUAACGACAUCUGACUAUGAAAUUAUUGGUCUUUCAUUUACAAAUAAUGGGAAGUUCUAUAUGGGUAGCAAUGGUGCUAUAGAGCUCACUCCUGCUACCAUGUCAAUCACGAGUCCUUCAUUUCAAAAUAACGGAUUAAUGGUAUUUUAUCAAACACAAAGAAACGCGGGUUGCGUAAUUCUUGGUUCACCCCAUGGUUCUAUUAUAAAUAAAGGUCUGAUUUGCUUAUACAAUCAAGUUUACCGACAAACCACCCCAAUUUAUGGUACAGGAUGUAUCACUGCCAGCAAAAAUUCAGCCAUAUAUCUUGCGAAUCCCCUGUUAGGUAUUUUGGACCAAACAUUUUAUUUAGAAGAUGGCAAAUCAAGUAUUCAGGUAGAUGCAACGACAGAGCAAUCCUACAAUAUAAGAGGUUUUGGUAAUGGGAAUAAAAUAGGCUUGACAGUUCCGCUUGCAGUUUUAUCGGAACCAUUUUCCUAUGACUCUGAAAGAGGUAUCCUAAGGCUUAAUGGGGGAUUAUCACCACAGCAUUUUCGAAUUGGAACUGGGUACGAUCCUGAGUUUUUCUCUCUAGAUACGGAUCUUUCCCAAGGCAUUUUACCAACUUUCAAUGGUGCUGUAUCCUACUCGGGCCCAGUACCCAACCCUGGUUUACCUGAUGAAUGUAUACCUUACGAGCCAUUACCCGAAUUACCACCAACAGAAAACUCACCAUUCACCACAUAUGCUACCACCGUGACAAAUACUGACGAAGAAGGAGUUGUUGAAACCGACUCAGGUAUUGUUAUUGUCACUCUUGAUGAGAACGGAGAUAUCACCACCACUACUUCGUGGUAUGAGCCUCCACCAUUCACCACAUAUGCUACCACCGUGACAAAUACUGACGAAGAAGGAGUUGUUGAAACCGACUCAGGUAUUGUUAUUGUCACUCUUGAUGAGAACGGAGAUAUCACCACCACUACUUCGUGGUAUGAGCCUCCACCAUUCACCACAUAUGCUACCACCGUGACAAAUACUGACGAAGAAGGAGUUGUUGAAACCGACUCAGGUAUUGUUAUUGUCACUCUUGAUGAGAACGGAGAUAUCACCACCACUACUUCGUGGUAUGAGCCUCCACCAUUCACCACAUAUGCUACUACAGUUACUACCACAGACGAAGAAGGAGUUGUUGAAACCGACUCAGGUAUUGUUAUUGUCACUCUUGAUGAGAACGGAGAUAUCACCACCACAACUUCGUGGUAUGAGCCUCCACCAUUCACCACAUAUGCUACCACCGUGACAAAUACUGACGAAGAAGGAGUUGUUGAAACCGACUCAGGUAUUGUUAUUGUCACUCUUGAUGAGAACGGGGAUAUCACCACCACUACUUCGUGGUAUGAGCCUCCACCAUUCACCACAUAUGCUACCACCGUGACAAAUACUGACGAAGAAGGAGUUGUUGAAACCGACUCAGGUAUUGUUAUUGUCACUCUUGAUGAGAACGGGGAUAUCACCACCACUACUUCGUGGUACGAGCCUCCACCAUUCACCACAUAUGCUACUACAGUUACUACCACAGACGAAGAAGGAGUUGUUGAAACCGACUCAGGUAUUGUUAUUGUCACUCUUGAUGAGAACGGGGAUAUCACCACCACAACUUCGUGGUAUGAGCCUCCACCAUUCACCACAUAUGCUACUACAGUUACUACCACAGACGAAGAAGGAGUUGUUGAAACCGACUCAGGUAUUGUUAUUGUCACUCUUGAUGAGAACGGGGAUAUCACCACCACUACUUCGUGGUAUGAUCCUCCACCAUUCACCACAUAUGCUACUACAGUUACUACCACAGACGAAGAAGGAGUUGUUGAAACCGACUCAGGUAUUGUUAUUGUCACUCUUGAUGAGAACGGGGAUAUCACCACCACUACUUCGUGGUACGAGCCUCCACCAUUCACCACAUAUGCAACUACAGUUACUACCACAGACGAAGAAGGAGUUGUUGAAACCGACUCAGGUAUUGUUAUUGUCACUCUUGAUGAGAACGGAGAUAUCACCACCACUACUUCGUGGUACGAGCCUCCACCAUUCACCACAUAUGCUACCACCGUGACAAAUACUGACGAAGAAGGAGUUGUUGAAACCGACUCAGGUAUUGUUAUUGUCACUCUUGAUGAGAACGGGGAUAUCACCACCACUACUUCGUGGUAUGAGCCUCCACCAUUCACCACAUAUGCUACCACCGUGACAAAUACUGACGAAGAAGGAGUUGUUGAAACCGACUCAGGUAUUGUUAUUGUCACUCUUGAUGAGAACGGGGAUAUCACCACCACUACUUCGUGGUACGAGCCUCCACCAUUCACCACAUAUGCUACUACAGUUACUACCACAGACGAAGAAGGAGUUGUUGAAACCGACUCAGGUAUUGUUAUUGUCACUCUUGAUGAGAACGGAGAUAUCACCACCACUACUUCGUGGUAUGAGCCUCCACCAUUCACCACAUAUGCUACUACAGUUACUACCACAGACGAAGAAGGAGUUGUUGAAACCGACUCAGGUAUUGUUAUUGUCACUCUUGAUGAGAACGGGGAUAUCACCACCACUACUUCGUUUUUUACUGUUCCAGCAUUUGAAAGUUUUGGUAGCGGGAGCUUGACUAAUGUUGAUGGACCUAUGGUAACUGAACUGGGUGUUGCUGUUGAUGCUAUUAAUCAAAAUGAAGUAAGCAACAGUACUACUUUCAAUAUUGUGAAUGAAGCGGAUAAUAUCGCAUCAGAGGCGACUGUGUCUGUUAUUGUUGAUGACAAUGAUAGUGAGAAAGAUGAGGUCACCACUACUUCGUUAUUGUUGCUAUCUCAUCCAUUUAUUACAAACAAUACUAAUGUGACUACCACAUAUGAUAACGAAGCAUUUGUAACAGACUUUGCUGUAUCAGCAGAUAGAUUUGUUACUGUUACUACUGGUAAUUCUGAGGUUCCUGUUGAAUGGAUAGAUAAUAGUAGAUAUGAUGGAACUCAUGACUCACCAUAUGAAACAUCAAUAUUGUCUAGUAUAGAAACAUCAUCAACUACUCCUUCGCAUUCAGUUGUUUCUAAUAUGUCAUAUUAUGAAAACAUAUCAACACCAUCUGUUACUGAUGAUGAAGGUUGGAAUGAUCUUGCUAAUGAAAGUCUUGAUUAG